AGUCUGCGGGAGGGGCCCGAGACUACGUGUUGUUAACCUCUCCAGGGUAGCACGUGAUUGAGUGGCGAAUGCCGUGAAGGCAGACGUCUGGAAACGCACCUUCCCGACCACACGCACCUGAGCCUGGGGGACGCCGCCACCCCCUCACCCCGGGCACACGGACGAGGUCUCAGGCCCUAACCUUAGCUGCGCAGAGCACCCAGCCCCCUUGGUCUCCCCCGCCCCCUCUCCCCCACUUCCUGCCCAGCUUUCAACUCGCGAUCAGCGGCUCGGCUAGGACUUUGUAAACACACCGCGCCUGCGGGGGCGGAGACUCAUUUUAUUUGGGCUCCGGAGCGAGUGGUUCUCGCCCCUCCCCGCGGCUGAAGGCUGCGACCCCACCUCUCAACUCCCCGAGACUGAAGCCGGAGGCUGCGGGAGAGUGUCUUCGUCGCAAUAGAUGCUCCGGGGGGGCUCACCUGCCAAGGAGGUGUGCGAGGAGCAGCGCUGUGAGGAGGAAGUCUUCCCCCUGGCCAUGAACUACCUGGAUCGUUACCUGUCCUGUGUCCCCACCCCCAAGGCGCAAUUUCAACUCCUGGGUGCGGUCUGCAUGCUGCUAGCCUCCAAGCUGCGCGAGACUACGCCCCUGACCAUCGAAAAAUUGUGCAUCUACACCGACCACGCUGUCUCCCCCCGCCAGAUGCGGGACUGGGAGGUGCUGGUCCUGGGGAAGCUCAAGUGGGACCUGGCUGCUGUGAUUGCCCACGACUUCCUGGCCCUGAUCCUGUACCGGCUCUCUCUGCCCAGUGACCGACAGGCCUUGGUCAGAAAGCAUGCUCAGACCUUUUUGGCCCUCUGUGCUACAGAUUACACCUUUGCCAUGUACCCACCAUCCAUGAUCGCCACAGGCAGCAUUGGGGCUGCAGUGCAAGGCCUGGGUGCCUGGCCCGCAUCCGCAGAUGAGCUCACGGAGCUGCUGGCAGGGAUCACAGGCACUGAAGUGGACUGCUUGCGGGCCUGUCAGGAGCAGAUUGAAGCUGCACUCAGGGAGAGCCUCAGGGAAGCUGCCCAGACAUCCCCCAGCCCAGCACCCAAAGCCCCCAGAGGCUCCAGCAGCCAGGGGCCCAGCCAGACCAGCACUCCCACAGACGUCACAGCCAUCCACCUGUAGCCACGGAGAGGCCCCCUCCAAUGGCCACUGACAGCAGCGGAGGGUCCCUGCCACCCUCCCUCCCUGCAGGAACAAACCACGUCGCAUCUGCCACAACUGAAGUCUGGGGGGGCUCCUUCCUAUUUGCCCUUCGCUAAAGAGAAGGGGGCAGGUCCUGCCUAUCCCUGCCGUGUGCACUAAGAGGCCCGGCCAGCCACCUUUGGGUGGCUAGUCAGGCUCCUCCUUCUCCCUGCCUCUGACCAGCCCAGCUCCUUCCCUGGUUCUGGCUGGGGGUGGGUCGGCUGGUCAGAGACAGAAUUGAAGAAGGUAAAAUAGAUGUAACCAGCAUUCCUUAUUGAGGCCCCCUAUCUCUGGGGCUCUCACGUUCUCAACUGCCAAAAUGCCUCGGUGCCUUAUAAAGGUGCUGCACCUUCUAGAGUUACUGCAUUUGGAUUGGGGUCUUUCUGAAGAAAUUUCUGAUAUUCUGAGGGGACACAGUCUGGACAGCUCUUCUCAACAUACUUUGGAGAGCCCUGCAUAAUCCGCGCGCACAGCUGCUCCUAGAGGGAGGGGCCCAGGCCUCUGUCAGAGAUUCCAGAAUCAACCAGUUCCUCCUCGCUUUGCUUUCUGCCCAGUUUCUCCUGUGAUUGAGGGGGUGGGGUCAGUGCUGAAGGAAGAGGUGGUUUUAAUUUAUUAAUUGUGUUGAAUACAACUGUAAGAGGGUGUGGUGGGGCCCACCAGCCCAAGUGGUGGUGACCCUGGCGGUUGCUGCAUCCCUCCUCUGCUACUGGCUAGAGGAUCUUUGUGACCGAGGAGCUGCUACAGCCUGGGAGGGGCCAGGCCCUCCUCUCCCUUUGGCCCUCUGCCCCGUCCUGCAUCAGGGGAUGAAGGAGGGAUGACCUGGAGGUGACCAAGCCCGCUGUCUGGAGAUGCAAGCCCUGUUAACACAGGUCUUUCCUAAGGCCACAAGGUCUAGUUGCUGGCCCAGGACCAUCAUGCUACCUUAAUAAAGAUUGUGGAAUAAA